UCCGUUAGUCUCUGAUCUGUCUGGAUAUGUGACGAAUGAACUCAAAUCUCUCAAAGAUUCCAACAAACUUUCUAAGAAGCGAGCAGCUCUGCUUACUCUUACUGUAGUGUGUGCACUCACGGUGUGUUAUUUAGUAUGAAUAAGUGUUGGAGUAUUCACCAGAGGGCCAUGCUAAUGUAAGAGGAGUGCAGGAGAAGGUUUGCUAGAUCGACAGCUCUGAAGAUCGAAUAGUCGUCGGCUGUUCCCCAAUGGCUGAAAACAACUUCCCUCCUCUGCCCGGCUUCAUUCCUCUACGGCCGUGUUUCCAUCAGGACUUUGAGGAUAUUCCGGACCAGCACCGCACCAUGUGCAAGAGACUCUACUACCUGUGGAUCUUGUACGGCUCCACGCUGCUGGUGAACUUCUUCGGCUGUAUGGCGUGGAUGUUCGGAGGAGGAGGAGUGACGAACUUCGGCAUGUCCAUCAUCUGGGUCGUCCUCUUCACGCCCUGCUCAUACGUGUGCUGGUUCAGGGCCAUUUACAACGCCUUCAAGACGGACAGCUCGUUCUACUUCAUGGCUUUCUUCUUUGUCUUCAUGGCACAACUUUUCAUCUCUAUAAUUCAGGCCAUUGGUAUUCCCGGAUGGGGUGUUUGUGGCUGGCUGGGCACCAUCUCCUUCUUUGGUACGAGUAUCUUCGCCUCCAUCAUCAUGCUGAUCCCCACGCUCAUGUUCACCGCGGUCGCCGCGCUCUGCUUCAUCGCGCUCACUAAGGUCCAUAACUUCUACCGCGGCAGUGGCGGGAGCAUGAGUAAAGCGCAGGAGGAGUGGGUCUCCGGCGCCUGGAAAAACCCUCACGUUCAGCAGGCAGCGACGCAGGCAGCCCUGGGGUCCUUACAGGGCCCUCAGACCCCGCAGACCCCGCAGUACUCCACGCCCUCCUACGACAACACCAUGUGAAGCACCAACACAGCCAGUCAUCAGUAGAGCAGGGCUGUGUUUCCCCAUAGCAUCGUUAAAGGUGCUGAAUAUGUGACGUUUUCACUCGACUAAAGCAAUAUUGUAGGAUAUUUAGGAAACAUGCCGAGUUCACAGACUCGUUUCUCUGAAAAACACUUCUACGGCCAGUUAUUUUACACGUUUCGUGAUGUCAGUCGUUUUUAAAUUUGGUCUGUGUGACUCCGCCCACUGCCAGCUCAGCCAAUAGUAUUUCAACACCCUGGGUUGCCAGUUGGCGGGAAACUCAGCGUAUUGGAGCCAGCAAAUAAACUGGGUCAGAGAUCGCAGUCUCUACGCAACCUUAAAAACCUCUGGAUCUAAACAUCUCUAUAAACGAAAGCAUAUUAAAACGCGGAUAAAUCAAUUUACAGUGUGUAAGUCUCCUCGGCUUUCAUUGUCAAUUCCACUCGUUCCUGUUGAGUGUUCUCAAUCUGGCAACGAGUCUGAG